AUGGUGAAGGUCGACCGUCAUUGGCACCCCUCAGCAGAUGCCAGUCACCCUUUGUCCAUGUGGCGAGACACCCUUACAGGCGUUUGGAAUGGUCCAGAUCCUGUACUUAUCUGGGGCCAUGGCUCUGCUUGCAUCCUUGAUCAGGCACAUGAUGCCCCACGCUGGCUCCCUGAGCGCCUGGUCCGAUCUGUGUUGACGGAGCGACAGGAUGUCAUCUGGCAAACCUCCCUAGUCACCCCUGGCCCUUGGUGGCCAGACCUGUUUCCAGACCUCUGUAAGCUCGCAUCAGGCUCUACGGCCCCUUGGGGUCUAGAAAGCGACUCCCCGCCUCCCCACACACCACGUAACCGCUCCCUACAGGCCCGUGCCCCGCCUGGAUGUAGCAACGCCUUCCUUCGCUCCCGCCUCACUAGGCCCACCCUCUAUGUCUGCCCUGGUUACCAUCGUCCCCGCUCGAGUCAUUACACUUGUGGUGGUCGCCCUGAGCACCAUUGCAAGGCCUGGGGUUGUGAAACCACCGGUGAUACAUACUGGGGCCCUUCCUCAUCCUGGGACUUUAUAACUGUUAGGGCCAAUUACUCCCGCCCUAAGAAUCCCUGGACUAUUAGACCUGAGUGCGUUAAUUCAUGGUGUCAUCCUCUUAGGAUCCGAUUUACUGACCCCGGAAAGAAGGCUACCAAUUGGGAGCGGGGCUAUGAAUGGGGCCUCUUACUCUACCAAGAUGGCCGAUUCAUGGCUGAUUAUUGUCUUUACAAAACAUUGGGAAGUGUGAAUCAGGAAGACUAUAAUGAGUGUGAGACCAACCUGAUCUUGUUUAAUCACAGCCAUGCAUAUGCCUAUAGCUCCUCUGAGUGUUAUUUCAGAAUCAAAGAAGAUUUUCACCAUGAAGGAGAUGUGGUCCUUGGUGUAUUUUUCCCAGUUCAUACUUUCUACACAGGCAACAAAGUUCCACAUCCUUACCUGCCAUACUUUUAUACCGACAUUCACACACAGUAUAAUUUUAAAAUAUAUGAGUUGGUUCUGUCCCUCAUAUUUGGCAUUGAGGAGAUCAACAGGAACCCUCACAUUUUACCCAACAUAUCUCUGGGAUUUGAUUUUUAUAAUGUCCCAUACAGUGAGAAAAACAUUCUUGUCAAUGCCCUUAUUUGGCUCACAGGCAUGAAUAGUCCUUACCUUAAUUAUAACUGUGUAAAGGAGAGAAAGUCAACUGCUGCAAUAACAGGACCAUCAUGGGCAAAAUCCGCCCAUAUUGGGACACUGCUUCAGCUCUACAAAUUUCCACAGCUCACUGUUGGUCCUUUUGAUCCUAUCUUGAGUGACAGAGGUCAGUUUACUUCUCUCUACCAGAUGGCACCCAAAGGCACAUCUCUGUCUCUUGCCAUGGUCUCUUUGAUGCUUCAUUUUGGCUGGUCCUGGGUUGGUCUGCUUAUCUCAGAUGACCACAGAGGGACUCAGUUUCUAUCAGAUAUCACAGAAAAUGUGGAGAAUAAUCAAGUCUGCCUAGCUUUUGUUGAAAUGAUCCAAAGCACCUGGAAUUCAUUUCCGUACAAAUACUGGAAAAGUCUUGGCAUGGUCAAGGAGUCAUUGGCCAAUAUCAUCAUUAUCUAUGGUGACAAUGAUUCACUACAAGGCUUAAUGAGAAAUCUAGGGCAACAGAUUUUGACAAGGAAAGUCUGGGUUAUGACCUCUCAAUGGGACUUUACUAAUAUUGCUGAUUUUUUCUUGCUAGAUUCAUUCCAUGGAAGUCUCAUUUUUUCACAACACCAUGAGCAGGUUAUUGAGUUUAAAGAAUUUAUCCAAACAGUUAAUCCUUAUAAAUACCCAAAAGACAAUUACCUUCCUAAAUUGUGGUUUUUGUUCUUCAAGUGUUCAUUUUCAGAGCUUGAUUGUCAACUUUUGGAGAACUGCCAACCCAAUGCCUCCUUGGAAUUCCUACCUAGACAUAUCUUUGAUAUAUCAAUGAAUGAAGACAGCUACAAUACAUACAAGGCUGUUUAUACUGUGGCCCAUAGUCUCCAUGAGAUGAGUAUUCAGCAAGUACAAAUGCAACAAUUUGGAAAUAGGGAAAGCAUGGUGCUCUUCCCCUGGCAGCUGCAUCCUUUCUUGAGGAAUAUCCAUGUGGGAGUCAACAUGGCUUUAGAAUGGAAACAGAAGUUAGAUGAUAAUAAGUAUGAUAUUCUCAACUUUUGGAAUUUUCCAAAGGGUCUUGGACAAAAAGUGAAAGUAGGAACCUUUUUGCCCAAUGCUCCCCGUGGUCAACAGUUGUCUUUAUCUGAGCAGAUGGUACAAUGGCCAAAAAUAUAUUCCAAGAUUCCUCAUUCUGUGUGCAGUGAGAACUGUGGACCUGGAUUCAGGAAAAUUUCCCUAGAGGGUAAGGCUGUUUGCUGCUAUGAUUGCACUCCUUGUGCAGACAAUGAGAUUUCCAAUGAGACAGAUAUGGUAAAGUGCAUAAAGUGUCCAGACAGUCAUUAUGCAAACACAGAGAAGAAAGAGUGCCUCCAGAAAACUACGACAUUUUUUGAUCAUGAGGACCCCUUGGGGAUGUCUCUCACAAUCAUAGCUCUGUGCUUCUUUGUCCUCACAACUGUGGUUCUUGCAUUAUAUGUGAAGCACAGAGACACUCCAAUUGUCAAGGCUAAUAAUAGGACACUCAGUUACAUGUUGCUCAUCACACUCAAUGUCUGUUUCCUAUGUUCCUUGCUCUUCAUUGGCCGUCCCAACACUACCACAUGUAUCCUGCAGCAGAUCAUAUUUGGAGGUGCUUUCACUGUGGCUCUUGCCACUGUGUUGGCCAAAGCUAUCACUGUGGUUAUUGCCUUCAAGGUCACCUUUCCAAGGAAGGUGGUGAGGUGGUUAAUAAUAUCAAAGGCUCCAAACUUUAUAAUCCCCAUAUGUUCUCUUGUCCACCUUGUCUUCUGUGGAAUCUGGCUAGGAACCUCCCCUCCCUUCCUUGACAAAGAUGUUCAAGCUCAGCAUGGACAUAUCAUCCUUGUAUGUAACAAGGGCUCUGAUUUUGCCUUCCAUGCUGUACUGGGAUACCUCUGCUCCUUGGCACUUGGAAGUUACGUUAUGGCUUUUUUGUCCCGGAAUCUGCCAGACACAUUCAAUGAAGCCAAGUUCCUAUCAUUCAGCAUGCUGGUGUUCUUCUGUGUUUGGGUCACAUUCCUCCCUGUCUACCACAGCACCAAGGGGAAGGUCAUGGUGGCUAUGGAAGUCUUCUCUAUCUUGGUUUCUAGUGCAUCCCUCCUGGGCUUCAAUUUUGGCCCUAAGUGUUACAUUAUCUUAGUAAGGCCAGAUAAGAAUUCUAUUCAUCAUAUCAGGAAUAGGCCACAUUCUGAAUGGAAAAACCCUCUCAAAACCUAG